AAGCUUCAGUUGCCAUUAGAACUUCGACUUUGACGUUGUGCGAUCGCGAGCGCGUUCCGUAAACGAAAAUACCAAAAAGCAAAUUACACUGUGCUACACGUUUUUAACAGGCUUAAACGCGACCUAGACGAUGCCAAAUAAUCGUAAUCGUAAUCGGAAUCGUAAUCGUAACAAGCGCAAUAAGAAUCAAAACGCAAAUCAAACUAAACAGCCGGAGGAGCAACAGGAGGAGCAAAUAGAGCAGCCAGCAACGACAACUUCAUCAUCAUCAUCAUUGGCAGCAGCUGACGAUCAUCAGCAUAAUGAUAAUAAUGCAAAUUCUGGCAGAAUUUCAAAUGGGUCAUCAACAGUCAGCAGCAACGAUGUUGCUGAUGGGGCUCCGGCUGGCAUAGCGAGCAACCACGACAGCAACCACAACAACAGCUCUAGCAACAACAACGCACAGCAAGUGACAAGAGCAGCGCCAGUGAAUCAGCCAGAAGAAGAUCAGCCAAAAGAUUUAGCUAUAGAGACGCAACAACAGCAACAACCGCAGCAGCCAGUGAGUCAGCAACUGAUUGAUGAAAACGCAGAGAGCAAAGCUGAGCAAGAGAUUGUAGUUGAAGCUGUAGAGCAGCCAAAGGAGUUAAAUCAGCAAAUAGAAAAUACCUCUGAAGAGCAACUAAAGGAACUGCCGAGGGAAGAGGUGCAAAAGCAACCAGAGGAAGAGGCACAUGAGCAGCCAGAGCAACAGCUAAAGGAAGCUACGCAAGAGCAGCCAGAGCGUCAGUCAAAAGAAGUAGCGGAAGAGCAGCCAGAACGUCAUUCAAAGGAAGUGGCACAAGAGCAGCCAGAAAAGCCAGAAAAGCAGCUAAAGGAAGCUACCCAAGAGCAGCCAGAGCAACAGUUAGACGAAGCGACACAAGAGCAGCCAAUUGCUGUGAUAAUUGAGAAGCACGCAAUCGCUGCAAAUCAGCUAAAUAAUCAGCUUAAUAAUCAAGCUGAGCAUCAGCUGCAGCAGCAAUUAAAUCAGCAAACUAUUGAGCAGAAAGAAAGCUGUCAAUUAAAUCAGUUGAGCAAUCAACAGACAGUGGAGCAACUGCCACAGCAGCCAGUAGAGCACAUUGUGCCUGUAAUCCUAGAAAAGGAGAGCAAUCCAUUUGAAUUGCAGUCAGCUGCAGCUGAGCAACAGUUGCAGCAACCAGCAGUGCACAUAGUGCCAGUGUUUGUGGAAAAGACAGAAAGCUGCACAACUCAAAGUGCAGAACAAACUGCAGAGCAAUUAAAGGAGCAGCCAAAAGAGCAGCCCAAGGAGCAGCCAAAAGAAGAUGAUAGAAACAAGUAG